AUGCGAAACUGGGGCCGGGACACCUUCAUUGCACUCAAGGGCUGCCUGCUGGUUACCGGGCACUUUCAGGAGGCUAGGGACACACUUCUGGUCUAUGCCAGCGUGAUUCGUCACGGCCUUUGCCCCAAUCUCCUUGAUGCCGCGAACCGUCCCCGCUACAAUGCCCGCGACGCCACAUGGUUCUUCAUGCAGGCAAUCCAGGAUUACGUGGCGGAAGCGCCAGAAGGCAUGGACUUCCUGUCUGCCCCUGUAAGCCUGAAGUGGGCUGUCAAGGACUGGGACCCAGAUCUGGCCCAUGUGGAGGUCAAGACCAUCGCAGAUUUGAUCCAUCUCAUAUUCUCUGCCCACGCGAAG